UCAUUGAAAGCCACGCUUUAGUUGUUAUUUGCCAUUCGAUGUCGGAGGAUGUGAAAAUAAGCAGUGAUAUAUGGCGUGGAGGAGUUCAUUUCGAAGAGGUUUUUGUGAAAUAAAAAAAAAUCAUGUCAUCUGAGACCAUGCCGUCAAAAACUGCUGCCUCGUCUGCUGAUUGUUACGUGUUGUAUGAAAGUAUGCCGAAAAUAAAUCGCAGAAUUGUGAACAGGGCUGAAAAUGGGAGUGAUUGUUGUAAGAGGAAUUCUUACUCUUCCUCUCGAAUGGCUUGUACUUUUCAUCGCUGCACCUGUGCGAAUCUAAAAGCAGAGUAUCCAAGUUAUGCCACAGAAGAAAUUAGACUUUUCCAAGAGAUGCAGUCGCGACUGAAGAGGAAUUACUCCCCAGAUGUAAAGUUUUGCAAUCUACUAGACGGUGAAAAGGCAAAUGAAGUCAAAGAUUCAAGUGAAGAAACUAAAUACUGCAUAGAUUCAAUGGACUGUGAAAUAAUAUGGGCACAAAAUUCCACAUCCGCAGAUUCUACUGUUGAUCAAGUAGCAAACGAACUAGAUACUAACGAAGAUACGAACGAGGUCCAAGAAGAUGAGAAAAAAAUAAAUAACGACUUUUUGGACAUUCAACCACCAGAUCUAAAUGCAAAGCUAGUUGUUUCAAAUUCAGUCAGUGUAACGUCACAAAACGUAGAUAAUAUUGUUAGCACGUUGAAUAAUAAUUUAAUGGAAAGCCCUUAUAAGAAACGAUCGCGAAAGUGUAAGGACAGAAAGAAAAGAAAAGAAAAAAAACAUCCGUUCAAAUGUGGCGCCUGUAAAAAGUCACUAUCAUCGUUAAGUAAGUUGGAAUCACAUUUGUCAGGUCAUGUGAAAAGCAGCAAGGUUGAAGCGGAAAUUUAUAAAAACUCCGUUUUAGCUUUACAAAAAUUGAAUCACGAAAAUCACAGAACAAAAGUAGAAGAAAGGUUUAUUUGUGAAUUUUGUAAAAAAGCAUGCGCAGGCCGAUGGGACCUUUUUUAUCACAGUGUAUCCACUCAUUCCAACGAAAGACCUUACCAUUGUAAGUUUUGUUCGAACAAUUAUAAAAAACCAUAUCAUUUGAGACGUCAUUUAUCAAAGGAACAUGGCAGACAGUUAAAGUGACUACAGAUGUUUUAAUCGUAAGAAUCGACCUCACAUAAUCAGAAGGAUUUUUUCUACAUACUUUACCCUACGUUUGAACCUACGUCGUUACCUUAGUUUUGAACUUUUGUCGUUAAUAUUGUUAUUCAAUACC